CACAGACCAAGGACCACGUGAGGACGCAAAGAGGACUUGGCCAUCUGCAAGCCAGGGAGAAAUGCCUAGGAGAUCCAAUCCUACCCACACCUUGAUCUCAGACUCCCACCCUCCAGGACUGAGAACAUCAGUGUGUAUUAUCUGAACCCCUCGAUCCAUGCUGGAGUGUCACGGCAGUCACACUCGCUGAUCAACCCUGCCUCUCCUCAUGGGCCCCUUCUCAGUCACGACCUCCAGAUCUACCCAGCUACUGAGAUGCAGUGUUUUAAAGAAGACAGACAGAAUGUUUUGCAGCUUCUCCCCCUGAAAGAAGGCCAGCAAGGGCCUCAGUCACUCUGCAGGAAGACAGGAGGCCACAGCGGGAAAAGCAUCUCAGCUGCCGGGAUCAACAAGAUGGCAGCCAAUGUCUCUCUCGCUGCAAACACAUCUGAAGCGACGCACUACGAGUCAGCUGGCUACACGGCUCUGCGGAUUCUCCCACUGGUGGUACUCUCGGUCACCUGUGUCCUGGGUGUGCUGGGCAAUGGGCUGGUGAUCUGGGUGGCUGGGUUCCGGAUGGCACGCACAGUCACCUCCAUCUGUUACCUGAACUUGGCAAUAGCCGACUUCUCCUUCACCACCACCCUCCCUUUCCUCAUUGUCUCCAUGGCCAUGGAUGGACAGUGGACUUCUGGCUGGUUCCUGUGCAAGUUAGUUCACAUUGUGAUGGAAAUAAACCUUUAUGGCAGUGUCUUCCUGAUCGCUCUCAUCGCUCUGGAUCGUUGUAUUUGUGUCCUGCAUCCAAUCUGGGCCCAGAACCACCGCACCGUGAGCCUGGCCAAGAAGGUCAUUGUCGGAAUCUGGAUUUUUGCCCUAGUCCUUUCCUUGCCAAUUUUCAUUUUCUUGUCAACAGCAAGUGAUCGAAGAAGUGGGAACAUAUACUGUACCUUCUCUUUCGCAUCCUGGGGAGACACUGUUGAAAAGAGGCUGGAGGUGGCCCUCGCCACGUUGACAGCCAGAGGGAUCAUCCGGUUCAUUAUCGGCUUCAGCACGCCCAUGUCCACGGUCGCCAUCUGCUAUGGGCUCAUCGCCGCCAAGAUUCGCAGGAAAGGCAUGAUGGAUUCCAGCCGUCCCUUUCGGGUGCUCACGGCCGUUGUGGCUUCCUUCUUCAUCUGUUGGUUCCCCUUUCAACUGGUUGCCCUUCUAAGAACUAUCUGGGUGAAAGAGAGGUCUAAGUACAAAAUGCUUGCUGUCCUAAUCAACCCAACAAUGUCCCUGGCCUUGUUCAACAGCUGCAUCAACCCAAUACUCUAUGUUUUCCUCGGCCGGGACUUCCGAGAGAGACUGCUGCACUCUCUCCCUGCCAGUCUAGAGAGGGCCCUGAGGGAGGACCUGGCCCCGACCAGUGACCCAGCCAAUAGUGCCACUGCAACUCCCACUGAGGUCGAGUUAACACGAGGAGGGGCUUCCGCUUCAUCCCUACCCUAACCUUGAUCCCACUUCCGGCUUUAUCGCACCUGGAUCCACGCCAUUGAAUAUUUGUUCUGGAAAAACAUUUCUGUAUCCCCCGAUUUGUAGAAAGAAUAAGACUACUGAUGUCGUGUGUGUGUGUGUGUGUGUGUGUGUGAGAGAGAGAGAGAGAGAGA